AUGCCCCCCGAUGCGGCGGCUUUACCUACUCCACCAGACAUACCACCGUGGAAGGACAGCCGUCCUUACUCGGUGGGGGGCAACAUGCAUUCCAACGGCCAGGUCACCAGACCAGACCCUCAUUCGAAUGGUUCUGUACCAGCACCACAACCUCGAUUUCCCAAUAUCAAGGACCUGCAGGACCAGGCCGCACUAUUGAAGGUGAACGAGCGGACGCCGAUUGACGUCCUAUUGCGAACCGCGGCUACGGCUUUUGAACAAGCAAAGAUCCUCGCAGACGGUGACGAUUCCGACAAGGCCUAUGUACAGUACCUGCGCGCAUCCGAGAUCACCAUUAACCUCAUACCCCACCAUCCCGAAUAUCCGACCAUACAAACGCGAAGUCCAGAAUUGUAUAAGGAAUUCGCAGCGCUGAUGAUGGCGGUGCGAAGCAAGCAUGCGACGAUGGAUGCGAUCAAGCGGGAGAUUAUCGAGGACAACUUGAAUACAAAUGUGCAGCCGACUGGUUCUUUCACGUCGACUUCGCUGCCAGCCUCUAGCUCCGUGCGAGGUCGCGAGAAUAACGAGUCAAGCAACGCUUCCAUGAGGAUGCCGAGUCCAACGCAGUUUCAGCGAAUGCCGGAUACUCAAGUACAGCCCAAGCGGUCCUCUGUCUCCGUUGGCGAUUCUCUAGCAGAACGCUUUGCGAAGCUGAAAACCUCCCAGAUUCGCGAUGCGUCUAUAUCUAGUGUUGCCACAUCUACCGGGCAAUCUUCAUCGGGUUCCACUGGCCAGUUUUCUGCUUAUACCACUAACACCGCUGCAACGAGCUAUGGCUCCCUCUACGGUUCCCCAUCAAGACGCCCUCUGGGCCCUCGCAGUAUGGGGACCUCAAGUCAUGCCCCAUCGAUUCCUCCAAAGCUGCCAUUGAACACUUCCAUGCCACGCGCCCCCGACCCUGCCUAUAGUCCGAUCUACACAGUACCCACCCAGGCUCCUUCAAACCCUCCCCGGACAUCAACCGAGAGCACGCGAUCAUUCAAUCAGCGGUACUCCCAAUUUACAAACUCCCCGCAUGGUAGUCCAAGUCCCAGUCUCGACGAUCAUCCGUACCGAUCCCGAACUCCGAAUGGGGUCAACUCUGCCCGCGGAACACGGAGUAACUCUCCCGACCUGCCCUAUAACACGCAUAUCACAGCCGAGAGUUUGAUGGAUUACUUGCGAAAAUUCAAUGUCUUGGUUAUCGAUGUCCGUCCUCGAGACCAGUAUGAUAAUGGUCACAUCUAUGCAAAGUCGAUCAUCUGCAUUGAGCCAGUCGUGCUGAAAGAGAACGUGUCGGCUGAAGAGCUUGAGGAACGCCUCGUCGUGUCUCCCGAAUAUGAACAGACCUUGUUUGAAAGGCGCAACGAAUUCGACCUUGUGGUAUACUAUGACCAACAGACGGCUUCCGUCAGCUAUCUUGCAGGAUCCCCUGUAGGGACGUCGGCGCCACACUUGAGAGCGCUUCACGAUACCCUAUAUGAGUUCAACGAAUACAAGCCAUUGAAGGCGGGACGGCCACCUGCGCUGCUGCUUGGUGGACUGGAUGCAUGGAUCGAUCUUCUUGGGCAGCAGUCACUUGCUACGUCCUCCACUGCUGCGGUUAUGGGCUCCCUGCAGGCCAAGAAGCCCGUUCCGAGACCUGGGAAGCCACUGGGUCGGGUUCCCACCAUGGCCAGUGCCAAUUCCAGCCUGGAGGUACGAAAGAGGAGGUUGCGCGAGUUCACGCCGCUCAACUCGGAAGAGUUGUCUGCAUGGUUAGAAAGGUCCAAAAAGGAGGAGAUCGAUACCAGCCAUUAUCUGGAGGAGGAGCCGCUGACCGAGGAGCCCCAGGAGGAUGGGGUCCAGCCAGAACCUACCACUCCGUUUGUGCACUCGUAUGAAGCCUUUUUACGCCGCUUCCCCGAGCCACAACAUAUCCAGCAGUCUAUGAUGCACCCAGACUCUCGACCAUCUGCCUCUGCAAACUUUGCUCCUCCUGUCCCGUUGGCUCCGUCACGGCCACCUCCUGCAGUUCCUCGCCCCAGCUACGGCGGCGUCUCCGACGGUCGUCACAUUCAACCCCAUUUGGAGCGACAAAAUUCAGCGAAUCGCGUCGCCUUGUACACAUCAAACUCUUAUAUUAACCGUCUCAAGCUUCCACGGACGGGUCUGCACAAUUUUGGUGUCACCUGCUACAUGAAUUCGACGAUUCAAUGUCUCAGUGCAACCGUCAUGGUGAGCAAGUUCUUCAUCGACGAUCGGUAUCGAUAUUACGUGCAGAAGAACUGGAAGGGCUCCCAAGGGGUGAUGCCGGGUCUGUAUGCCAAUCUCAUCCGAUCGCUGUGGAAAGGCGAUGUGGAAGUCAUCAUGCCUACUUCUUUCCGCAACUUUUGUGGUCGCUUGAACCGGGAGUGGGCGAUUGAUCGACAACAGGAUGCAAAGGAAUUCUUCGAUUUCCUUGUAGACUGUCUGCACGAAGAUCUCAACGUCAAUUGGCAGCGCAACCCCCUGCGACCCUUGACGUUUUCCGAAGAAAUGCAACGUGAGCGUAUGCCUGUGCAGAAAGUAUCGGAAAUUGAAUGGCAUCGUUACUGCCAUCGAGAAGACUCUUUUAUCUCAUCACUUUUUGCGGGUCAGCACGCCAGUCGACUGAAAUGCACCACCUGUCGCCAAACAUCCACCACGUACGAAGCCUUUUACAGUAUCAGCGUCGAAAUCCCACCUGACGGCACCGGUGACAUCUACCAGUGUCUCCGAAGUUACUGCCAAGAGGAGAUGCUUAGCGGUGACGAGGUCUGGAAAUGCCCGUACUGCAAAUGCGACCGCAUCGCGACCAAGCAGAUUAUCAUCACACGAGCUCCGCAAAUCCUAGUCGUCCAUUUCAAGCGCUUCUCAGCAUCCAAGACUCAAAGCGCGCGCAAGAUUCACACUCCAAUCGAGUUUCCCCUCUACGGUCUCCGAAUGGACGACUUUGUCGUCUCUUACCCAACCACCGGCCCACCCGCUGAGUCCAGCACGCCCGCUAUGAUGGGCUCGACUACGCCCCCGUUCACAUAUGAUGCCUUUGGAGUGCUCCGGCAUAUCGGGUCCUCUAUGGGUAGUGGGCAUUAUAUCUCACUGGUCCGCGAUGCAGAACGGCAGUGCUGGCGAAAGUUUGACGACGAACGCACGACCGAGUUUAACCCGCGGGAUCUGCGGGCGCGCGACCGACUGCAAAAUGAGCAGGCGUAUAUUGUGUUUUAUGAGCGAGUUCCAGCGAAAUGA